CAUUCCAAACCCUCCUGGCUCCUGACCUUUUGCGCCGCCGCCCCUCUCAGCACGUGCAGGAGGUGCGAAGCCGGUGCCCCGCCCCUGGACCCUCGGACUAUUUGGGCCGAAGCUGGCGCACCACAGUCGCCACAACACCAGCCUCGCACCAGGCCAACCCCACAGGACCACAGCAACGAUCGACGCCGAUCAACGGCCCUCCCCUCGAGAGGCAGCCACCCCGCCAUCGCUUCUGGCGCCAAAGAGCCUUCGCGGGCCCCAAGGAGGUCAAAGGCCAGCAACUUCCGGGCAAAGAUUCCCAAGAGAAUGACGACUCGCAGAUUUCUGUGUUUGGCGCUGGUCCUUCUGGCGCUGGCUUUUGCCUUCGGGGGGGAGGACGGGGAUGCUGACGCGCGCCCCAAGGCGUGCUACUGGAAGGCGCCGGAGGAGGGCGUGGAGGGGGCCCAGGGGGCUCAAGGUGCCCACUUAGCAAUCCAAUUCACGAUCACCAAAGAGCAAUGCCGUCACAACUUCAUCUUUGUGGCAAACGUGCUUGAUCCGCUGGUCUACCUGCACCAGUGCACUGGGGUGCUGGUAGACAAGGGACUUGUUGCUGUGCCGGCAUCCUGCGUCCAUGGCAAGACCCAGAAGGACAUCCCCCUUGUCAGGACGAACAGCUAUGACGUGAACGAUCCUGAUGAGCUGCGGCCAGAUUUUGAUCCUGAAAAAUCAGGGUUUAGCCAUCCUGAAGGUACCUCUCCGAAGAUCGAAAAGCUGAAUUCAGACAGGAGUGAUCCGGUGGCGAGGGUGUGCAAGGUCAUUGUGCACGACAAGUUCAAUGGUGAUGUGGGCAACGGAAACAAUAUCGCACUGCUGCAGCUCAACUCCACCGAGCUGCCAGCAGCACAGGCGAUUAGUGAGUGGACGUCUGCGGACAAGUGCCCACAAGAAGAUCUGAGUGCCAUUGGGUGGUUUGCCAGCAUGUCUAUGGGGGUUGUGGGGCCAAAGCUAGGGGCCAUCGUAAACAUGACAUACGUGAACGACACAGAGUGCGGACGGGUCCUCGGCAAGAUUCCUGAGGGGGCGAUAUGUGUGGAGCCUGACAUCACUGCGCAAUACAUGUGGGAUUUGGGGGCGCUGCUCCUUUGCAACGACAAGAAGCUCUUGGGCUUUGCCACGCACACCAUUGCCACGCACAACAUUCCCCGGCAGGUCCGCGCACCCUACGCCUUCACCCACGUGUCCCACUACCGGGACUGGAUCGCCAGCAGGGGCAAGGACGCCAGCAAGGUCUUGCUGAACCCCCACGAGGACUGCAAAGAAGCACUGACUCCGGAGGAGUGGACGAGCGUGGAGCAGUCCAAGACGACCGACGAAGGGGGGGCCUCAGGGAGGUGUGAGCAGAACGACGAGGGCGAUGCCGACGGGCGGUGCGACAAGGCGGACGAGGAGAAGACGCCGGAGCGCUGCGAAUCGUGA